AACAGAGUUUAAAAGCUGCGGCAGGACUGCGGCCAUUCACAGGACGCUGGACCAGCAAUGGCUCUGCUGAAGGUUCUGCUGCUUCUACUGGGGCUGGGUGUUGCUGUGACCUCAGUGUCUCUGCAGAAGAGAAUCGUUGGCGGUCAGAACUGUGGAAACAAUGAGCGACUCUACCAUGUGACUUUCUAUAGACAAACUUUAAAAGAAUCAAGAAUCUGUGGAGGAUCUCUGAUCAGUGAUCAGUGGGUUCUGACUGCAGCUCACUGCUGGGAGAACGCUCCAGGAUGGGUUCAUGGGGUACUUGUAGGAGGUCAUCCUAGAAUAGGUCCAAAGUGGAGUUAUACAAUCACUCGACAUGAGGUUUAUAGAGACAGCAACGGUCGUCCACACGACAUCAUGCUCCUGAAGCUGUCAGAAAAAGCAAAGGUCCAACCAAUCAAACUGCCGGACUGUCCAGACACUCUCCUGCUUGGCACCAAGGUUCAGUUCGCAGGUUAUGGGCCGACAAAAACUGGCGAUUUGAACAGAAGAAUUGCAAAUCUGGAGAAUAAUCUUCAGUGUGCAGAGUUUAAGAUAGUUAAACGUGACGAGAUGGAAAAGAUAGUGGCAAAAGACGAUUCCCGUGAAUACCGUUACCAGAAGUGGUACACUGUGAGAAGCUCUAAGAAGGACAUUUCUCUGGGCGACUCCGGUGGAGGAUUUGAGUUCAAGAACAGGCUGUACGGCGUUUGUGUUUUCGUUGGAAACCCAACGUAUGCAUUCAGUGCACCAAGUGCCUUCAUGGACGUCUGUGCCUAUAAGCAGUGGAUAGAUGACACAAUUAAAUGACCAAAAGCCCUGACCUGCUUGUGGCUAAAUGUUCCCAAUCACAAAGUUCAAGUUAAUCUUUUGAUUUUGAUUUUCCGUUGAUUCAUUUUUUGAUUGACUUGUUGGAUUUAAGUUAUUGUGUACAAGCUAAUCUGUGAUAAUAUCUUAUUUCUCAAUAAGUGAAGUUGCUGUUUGUAAUAAAUGAGUAAUAAUAUCCACUGUCACACGACUGGAAAAUAAAUGACUGCUAUCUGA